AUGAAUUGCACGAGAACACUCAGUACAAGCAACAUCCUACCGAAGCAGUCCGCUGCUCAGGUCCUCAAGGUCCUCAAUGGCUCCGGUGCGGUGACCUUCUCCAGACCCGCCUUCGUGGGCUUGCAGCAGCAAUGGGCCGCCCGCCAGUUCAGCACCACCAAGCCUUCUAACUGGAAAGAAUUCUUUCCUGCCAAAGAUACGCCUGCCAUUAGAGAGACGCCGCCAGCAUGGCCUCAUCCUGUCUACACGGAAGAGCAGAUGAAGCAGGUGGAGAUCGCACACCGAGAAGCCAAGUCCAUGUCCGACAAGGUGGCCGUGGCAUUCGUGCGGACACUGCGGUUUGGUCUAGAUCUCGCCUCAGGCUACCGCCAUGGCAACGGCAAGAUGACGGAGCGGAGGUACAUGAUUCGGAAUAUCUUCUUGGAAUCUGUCGCAGGCGUGCCCGGAAUCGUGGCGGGUAUGCUGAGGCAUUUGCACAGUAUGAGGAAGAUGAAGCGAGAUAAUGGCUGGAUGGAGAGUCUGCUGGAGGAGUCGUACAACGAGCGCAUGCAUCUUCUUACGUUCUUGAAGAUGGCGGAACCUGGAUGGUUCAUGCGGUUGAUGGUGCUCGGCGCCCAAGGUGUCUUCUUCAACGCCUUCUUCCUGGCCUACAUCGUGUCUCCACGAACCUGUCACCGCUUCGUUGGCUACCUCGAAGAAGAAGCCGUACUCACCUACACCCGCGAGAUCGAAGACAUCGAUGCCGGUCGUCUCCCCAUGUGGGAGAAGAUGCAAGCGCCCGACAUCGCCAUCAAGUACUGGAACAUGCCCGAAGGCAAGCGGACGAUGCGAGACCUGCUCCUCUACAUUCGUGCCGAUGAAUCGAAGCACCGAGAAGUCAACCACACGUUGGGCAACCUCGAUCAGAACAACGACCCCAACCCCUACGUCUCGAAAUACAAGGACGAGUCGCAACCGCAUCCUGGCAAAGAUCUGAAGCACCAGAAGCCAACGGGAUGGGACCGCGAGGAGGUUAUUGGGAAGCUUUGA